AUGAUGAGCUUCGACGGUGGCACGGCCUAUGCCGAGUCCGACGCCGACGACGAAUAUGAGCGAAGCAUGGGCGGUCACUCCCCCGUGGGCGACUCUGAGACCUCCCCUAUCGAUUCAGAGCUCUCCACCUCCGCGGAGCACACUCCGACCUACGCCCACCGCAGCAGCGGCGACCGCCUACCUGAGACCAUCAUCACCGAAUGGACAGCCGACGAGUGUGCCGACUUCAUCAGCACCAUUGGCUUGCAGCAGUAUACUGAUCGCUUCCUUGAGAACGAUAUUGUUGGUGAGGCCCUCGUGGCCCUGCUGCACGACGAUCUCAAGAGUAUGGGCAUCGCCAGCGUUGGCCAUCGCUUGACCAUCCUCAAGAGCGUCUACGACGUCAAAAAAGCCCAGGAUGUGCCUAUGGAGAGCGACCACUACCUUCCCCUGUCUGCUGAUGCCGAAGCCCAAUAUGCCACUGCAACCCUCAAGGAUAUCAAACACCUCGUUGAACAGUUUCGUCUGCGCGACGAACGCAUGAGCAUGCUUGAACAAGACCUGCGGCGAAUGACAGACGAUUUUAGGCGCCUGAGGGAGGACAUGCUCCCCGCACUCCGUUUGGUCAAGGAUGCUCAGCAGCCUCUGCCCAACCUGAGCGGCAACACCCAGGCCUACAGCUACGAGGCCACCAUCUCCCCCCCAGCGCCGACUCCUCCCCCCGGCCAAUCUGCAAACGCCAUGAAGCGCCAGUACUCGACGAGGAAGAUUGUCAUCGGAACCACGCCCAAGAAUGCUUCCCCCACACAAACAACGCACGAGAGGUCAAUAGCCGAGACAACCCUCGACCCUGCCAACGCUGCGGAGCGGGCCGUCUUGUCAUCGUCACACCUUGCUGCAAUGAAUGGGGGUGGCCAGGGCGCAUCCUCUCCUUCAUAUCCAUCUCCCAACAUUCCUUCUCCGACCUCUCCGCCAACCCACAUGAGCGGGACUACCCUUGCCUCCCGAUCCUACCGAAGCGAAGCCCCGACGCCGUCGACGCGCUCAACUUUUGAAAACUCCGACCAUGCAGCUUAUAAUUCCCGGGACAAGGGCCAGCAAGGCCCGCCUCGUCGAAGAGAGACGCCCGUUCCCGACACUCCUAGUACCAGCAAUGCCUCGGUCGAGAUAUUCAAAUCGUUCCGUGUCAGCAUGGAGGAUCCCUGCUACAAAGUUCUGCCUGCAGCCCUCAAGAAGUACCAAAUCAACGCACCUUGGGAUCAAUAUGCCCUUUAUAUCGUCUACGGCGACCAGGAGCGGUGUCUAGGUCUCGAAGAGAAACCGUUGAUAUUGUUCAAGCAAUUGGAUAAGGAAGGCAAGAAACCCAUGUUUAUGCUGCGGAAGACAACAAGUGCACCGGCGGAUGGAGAUCCUGGAAGCGCAGGGCUUGGCAACACUGGCCGGGGAGCUGCAGCAGGGUAUGAUCCUCCGGGAGGCAUCAUCUAG